AGCACGUCCUUCUUUCAGGUAGACGCGGAAGUAAAAUUGUAAACAAGUGCCUCGCUGAGCUAGUAGCAUGAUGACACCUCACCCAAAUGUUGUUCAAGUCGAAGUAAAAGCGAGCGACAGUGGACGUGAUUGUAUUUGAUGUUGAGCUGGAUUGAAGCAACGGAGAAAUCAACUCGUUUUGAGUGAGUGGCGCUCGCGUCUCUUUUGCCACGUAAACCUUAACGUCAGUGUCGAUGGAGCAGAGGCUGGCAGAGUUCAGGGCCAGACGACAGGCUGAAAAUACUAUGAAAAGGGACGACAGUGCUGGUCCGCAGUGCAAAGCACAGAUAAUAGCGGACACAGCUGCUCAGACUGACACAACAACAACAACAACAACAACAACAACAACGAAAACAACUGACAGUCAACAGACUCAAGACACAGAAAACGUCAGAGCUUCGAGUCAGACCUCCCCAGUAAAGGACCAUAGUGACUGGCUGCUGGAUAGUGCUCUGGGAAGAUGGCUGACUUCAAGACAAUUUGUCUUCUCAAACCUUACUUUGCUCAAAGUGCUGCUGUGGCUGGUGCUGCUCGGUCUGUUUGUUGAAAUAGAGUUUGGCCUGCCAUUCUUCGUCCUCUCCCUCUUCUACUGGCUCUAUGAGGGACUCCGUAGCCCGGCUGCCCGCGAGCCUGGAGAACUGAGUGCUUAUUCUGUCUUCAAUCCAGACUGUCAGCCUCUGCUGGGCACUCUCACUGCAGAGCAGCUGGAGGGAGAGAUGGGUUACAGACAUUUGUUUGGGAAUGGUAGUGGGUGAACUGGGGAGUAACAGUAACUCAUUGUGAGUCAUGUGUGCUAAAAGGGUAAAAGGGCAAGCAGCAUUGACAUUUAUAUGAGAACAAAUGUUAUUUACUUCAAAUAAAUGGCUUUUCAAGUUUAAUAAAGAAUUCUGAUGUAUCGAGCAGUA